AUGGUAACUUUGACGGAAGAAAUUAUUCUAACGAAAACCAGUUCAAAUGUCAAUAAUCUUACUUCAUUAGAACAACUUUCAGAAUGUACAAAACUUAAAGAACUUUAUCUCAGGAAAAAUUACAUUAAUGACGUGGAUCAAGUUAAACAUCUUGUUCCAUUGAAAGAUUUACAAGUUCUUUGGUUAUGUGAUAAUCCAUGUAUUGAAGAAGAUGAAAAACAUUAUAGAUGCACAAUAUUAAAAUAUCUUCCAUGGUUAAAAAAGUUGGAUCAUCAUGAUGUUACUGAAGAAAACGUUCUUGAAGCUAUUAAUUAUACGAAUGAUCCUCCUGCAACUAUGCCGCUUAAAAUUCAAAAGCGUUUAACACUUCAAGUUAAAUCCAAUAUUCUUACAGCUAUACUUGCAUUAGUUGAUGAACUUGGAGAGAAAGAAUUACAAAUUGUUCAACCGGUAACUCCAAAUAUUAUGGACUCUCCUAAAAAAUGGGAUCCCAAGUCUAUCGCUCUUAAAUAA